AUGUUCACCGGAGCGCCGUCGUUGCAUCCCAUCCACUGUGGUCGAACCUAGUGGACUGUGGCGCGUCUAUAGUAGCCUCGUUGUCUACAACGAGGUUAUUGCAUUUGAAGCUGUGGUCACGACCUUGAAUUACUUCAAAAGACUGAACGCCGUUACAAACCCAGCAAUUUCCGUCACCAUUCAAUGGACACUGACGAUUUCGCUCCUGACAAUAGCGUCCGUAAUGCCACUUAUUUCCCACAACCAAACUGCAUGCCUUAUCCUCAAGUAGAUAACAUGUUUCCACCAGCUCCAUUUGGGCCCCCUGCCGCACAGCAUCCAGAGCCCACACCAAGUACCCAGUCUACGCUCGAUCGUGAGGCAACUGGCCCUUGUCGCCCCACUAACGAUCAAUCGUCUCAGCAAUUGUUGCAGCGAGUCGUCGACAUUCUUCAAAAUUCCAACAUCGUGGAAAAGGGAGCGAACGAUGAGCGAUCGCGAUUCUGGACGGUAUACCAAAAGGUUGCAGCACAACACGACAAUGAGUUUUUGGAGCACUAUGAUGGCGACAUGGAUAUCGUCUUGAUUUUUUCUGGCCUAUUCUCUGCAGUGAAUACAGCCUUCAUCACCACUAUGGGCCCUAGCGACGCUACCACUACAGAUGCUUUACUGACACAAAUCAUCACACUCAUGGUAAUGAAUAGCCAUGGAACCCCCAUCACGGGUAAUUAUCCGCUUCCCGUCCCACCUGCAUAUUCCGCCGGGCAAGUAUGGUUCCAAACUCUGGCUUAUGCCAGUCUUUCCUUCAGCCUUCUUGCGGCCUUCGGCGCCGUUAUGGGCAAGCAGUGGCUUCGCUUCUACAAGCUUCGGCGAUUCGGGCGUGGAUCCCUCGAGGAUCAGGGCAAGAACAGGCAGCAAAAGUUCGAC